GAUCGGCCGCGGGGCAAACAGGCACAUGGGGGGACAUGGUGAGAAGCGCCCCGGGAUGGUGGGAGUAAACAGAGACUCACUAUGGGCGUGGCUGGGGCAGACUGACGCGGCUCGGGGCAAAAGGGGUCCCAAUGCCAACAGACGGAAGCGCCGAAGGGAGAAGAGGCCGCCCGCGUCUGAAUCAGGAUGCGACGAAGGUAAGGGCGAAGUGGAGGGCGAGGGUGAAGAAUUAGAGGAAGAUGAGGAGACGCAGCGAGGGGAUGAGAGCGAGGAGGAGGAAGAGAGGAAGUGGAGGGAUAACUAUCUGGCGAGAGUAACACACCUCCACCUGCAGAACAAGGGCAUCACGCACCUGGAGGACGUAGCGGCGUGCGGGGGAGCGCUCGUGGCUUACCUACAGCAUAACCACCUCACAAGACUCACCAACCUCCGCUACCUACGUCACCUUCGGGAACUGUACCUUCAGGAUAACGACAUCACCAGGCUUGAGGGACUUCGAGAGCUGUGUAGUCUGCGUCGCCUCCUCGUAUCCGGGAACCGCGUGGGGGUGGUGGAGGGCCUGCCGCGGGGCCUGACUGAGCUACACGUGCAGGAUCAGCGGCUGCCCCCUGGCGACGCCCUUAUCCUAGACCCCCACGCCCUGGCCGUUGUGCAGGACACCCUCAGAGUCCUGGACGUGCGGGGCAAUAGACUCACCGAGAUGGGCGCCGUGGGUCUGCUAGGCCGCCUGCAGGUGUUACGCGCCGCAGACAACGACCUGUCAUCUCUGUCUCACCUGGGCACCGUGCUGGGCCGCCUCGCACACCUCAAACACCUGCACCUCAUUGGCAACCCUGUCACCGCGCACCGCCGCUACCGCCCCGCCGUCAUCCUCGCCGCCUCCCCCACGUUGGAGACGCUGGACGACAAGCCGGUGACAGCACGAAGCAGGGACUUCCUUGUGCAGGCUGACCGGUACCGCGCCGCUCGCAGGGAGACAAGCCAGCAGCCCCCAGCCGCCCCCUCCACAAGUGGCAGCAAGGUUCCCGCACCCACCCAGCCUAUGCCUCACCUACUCUUCAUCCCCGUCACCGCCGCAGACCUGGCCCACGAGGCGCCCGCCACGGGUCCGCGCUUCGUGUUGGGGGCGCUGCGCCGUCCUGAGUUUGACCUCAUUCUGCGGCGUGCUGAACGAAGAAGGGAACGACAGCGCGGGUUGUUAAAACCUUCCCGCGAGCCUGAGACAAGCGAGUGGCCAGGCGUGGGUCCCAUCACCCACCACGACUCUUCCGGGGACGAACUCUCAGAUACAGAGUCGCCGGAGGGCGUCUCGCGGGGUGCAGACAAGUGGUCGCGUGAGUCCAGCGGUCAACCGGCAGGGACGCACGCCGAGAAGAGUGUAUGGUUUGAGGACGAGGAUCUGUCUCCUGAAGAGCUGCCUCGCCUGGUACCGCGGCCCUACUGGAGGAACAAACCCCCCGCUCCUCGCGGCACCGGCAGUGUGCCUGUCGCCAGCUAGGCAGAGCAGACACCCUCCAUCAAGUAAACACACUAAUAUAAAAAUGAGCCAGUGUGAGGCGUCUUAGUGUGCUA